CACCGAUAGUAUUCGAAGCGAAAGCAUCACAAAGAAAAUUGUACAAUAAAAACAAAAAUGUCACAGAGUAAGCACAAAAACGACAGUGUUUUGGAAAACAAGCGGCAGAUACAGACACAGGAGUCUGUGGCAAGUCAGCAUGUUUUGGAAGAGGCCAAAUCCGAUGCGACCCCCAAGGAGCUACCACACGAUGAGACAAGACCAGCAACGGAUGUUACUAUUUACAAUGCCUAUAAUAUGGGAACAGCUUUUGGCAACAAGUUCCCUUGUUCAUACAUUCGCUAUAUAAUGCAACGUGUGCUUACGGAGAGACUGAUUAGCGAGAGUUACGUUACGACGAAAUCAAUCUGAAGAUGA